CGCAAACAGUACGGCAACGUACAUUUAGGAGUGCGGGAGUUGCGGUUGCGGAGUGUACCUUGGAGUGUGGAAGAAAUCAAAGUGCGGAGUCGGUGGCUCGCUCGACGGCGACGGUGGUUCCAAAAGUGAAUAUUUGUGAUAUUUUCCACGGCCGCAAAUUAUUCUUUCGGGUGAAAAUGGUGUAGUGUGAAAAGGCAUAGUGAAAAUGGCGGUUUUAGCGCAACGAGCGCACCAAAUGAACGGUGGCCAGUGUCAAUUGACGCGAUCACUCGAACGCAUUCUGGAGGAGGCCCAUUUCAGUGGCGAAUUGAAGUUGAGUAAUCGAAAACUGAAGGACUUCCCCAAGUCGGCGACCAAGUUUAAUCUGUCGGACACAGUAAUUGCAGAUUUGUCUCGAAAUCGAUUCUGUGAACUUCCCGAAGAUAUCACAUCAUUCGCCUUCUUGGAAACGCUUCUCCUCUAUCAUAAUACAAUCCGAUCAAUCUCUCAAUCAAUAAAAGGCCUUAGUUCACUAACGUACUUAGAUUUGCGUAGUAAUCAUUUGACCAGUUUACCACGUGAAAUAUGCUUCCUACCUAUACAAGUUCUUUUGGUGGCCAACAAUCGUUUAACGACACUUCCGGAUGAGUUAGGUCGUAUGGAGAAACUAACAGACUUAGAUGCAUCAUGCAAUCAAUUGACGAGUUUGCCAAUGCGUAUUGGCGAUCUACGGAAUCUAAGGUCCCUUUCACUGCGAAGCAAUCAACUUGUUUAUUUACCAAGAGAAAUAACAUAUUUACUCCUAGUUUCCCUUAAUUUAAGUUCUAAUAAAAUAACUAGUCUUCCUGCUGAAUUACGCCAGAUGACCACUCUAGUGGAAUUGAAUCUCGAAAACAAUCCACUUACAUCUCCCCCAGCGAGCCUGUGUGUGCGUGGUUUAGUGCACGUGUUCAAAUAUUUGGAUAUUCAAGCGAUGAAAGAGGAUAAAGUAAAAUCGGGCACAGGCUAUGACGGUCUCACUACCCUCAGGCGAACACCAAGGCAUACAAAUAGUCUGACAGAUGCGUCGAAAACCCGACGUGCCAAUAUCGACUCAGGAUAUAGUACCAGUGAUGGUGUUGAUAAGCGCUGGUCACAGGACGCAAUCCGAACUGUACCUGUUAAAAACAUGACACCAAAACCCAAACCUUCAAAACUUGUAGAUAGCACCUUAGCUGAUACGAUCAAUUCGACAACACCAAUUCAGGGAAUUAAGAAUGGACCAAACGAUCUGGUGGUAGAAAACAAUUCAAAUGAACAACAGCUUCUUGGGAAAAAUGAUAGUUCAUCCCUUUCGAAUGCUGGAAGUAGUAACAGUGAAAGUACAUCGCCCGAAGACGAUUACUCGCCAGAUAAUCAGAAACAAUCAGAGAGAAACAAGAAUUUUGGGAACAUUCAAACAUAUAGAGAGUAUAAGGAAGCAUUAAAACAGCAACGAAAUCAGGAACUAUCCAUCUACCGGCCGAAAGGACAGAAUAAUACGAAUGAUAUGAAUCGUCUGGAUGGAAAUAUCAUUUCGAAUGAUAUUGAUAAUCUAGAUGAUCACAACAAUAGCAAUAUUAAUAGUAGCUAUAAUAUCCAAACCAAUGGUCAGGUGAAAAAAUCAUCUCCCGACGAGCCUACAAUACAAACAGUUGCCAUAACAACGAAAAAACCAGUUCAAAAGGUGAUACCAUCACGAAGCACGACUCCGCUAUAUCAAGCAAAGGAUACAACUGCAAAAGAUGCUGCUGAUUAUACAGGAUAUGUAAAACCAAGCAGUCCUACUAAAUGCAACGGUUCAACUCCUAAUAAUAAUUCCUCAUUGGUUGGUAGUAAGCUACCAACGACAACAAAAAUUUCGAACAUUAAACCGCCAUUGACGAAACCCAGCAGGAAUGUAUCUUGGAACAGUGAUAUACCUCCAGAGAAGUUAAGUUUCACGAUGCGCAGAGAAUUCGACAAGCAAAAAGAGGAAACCGAACUACUGACACAGUUAAGAACGAUAAUUGAGACGAGGUUAAAAAUGAAUAUGCCAGAAGACAUAGCUUCGGCUCUAACAGACGGUGUAGUACUGUGCCAUUUGGCAAAUUACGUUCGACCUCGAUCUGUUGGCAGUAUACACGUACCGUCACCUGGAGUGCCGAAGCUGACAAUGGCGCGCUGUCGUCGGAAUGUUGACAAUUUUCUAGAAGCAUGUAGGAGAAUCGGGGUAGAUGAGGAGUCGAUAUGCUCUUGUGCAGAUGUUGUAUGUAAUGAGAGUGAUACUGAUGAUGGCCAAGGCACUACUCUUCCAAAUCCAAGUGCAGUCUAUAGAACAAUAAAGGGGCUUCUCGACUUUCAUCAAGUACAACAACAACUUCAUCAACAACAGCAGCAACAGCUCAAGAAGGAAGAGUCGAUAAAUUUUGCAACCAAUGCCAACAACAGAACAGAUGAAUACGGAUUGGGUCACGCUAACGAUGAAAGCAUCAGAAGUGAAAGCACACUGUACUCCAACCCGCGUGAUUAUAUGCAAGAUAAAAGUAAUGGAAAUUUACAUGAAGGAGUCUUUUUUACAAGUUCAUCAGGCAGCUUUGAACAAAACCAAAUAGAAAAAAACUGGUAUUUGUAUAAUAACGGUAGCACCAAAGAAUUAAACUUUUACUUAAAUAAUAUAGAAGAGGAGGCCGAAUACGAGGAAGAGGUUGUGAAUGAAGGACGGGAUAAUUGUAAAAUAAACGGUUUCGAUAGUUCAUCUUAUUCUUAUUGCAAUGAAUUAAAUUCAAAAGAUUUCAAAUAUGAUAUAGCCGAAGUGAACAAUUUGAAUAUAACAAAGCAGCCCAGAGCCGGGGAAAUGACGGCGUUCGGGAAGGAAAGUGUAAAUGUCAAUACUGAAUGUAAUAUUCCUGAAAAGAUUAUCACAAAACGAAUUGAAUUCUUUGAAGAAAACAUACAAAUAAACAAAGGGAAGUUAGGAAGAUCUAUCAAGCCAUGCAGUGUCUUUAAUGAUACCGAAUCCUCUAAUUCAGAGAAAUCCAUUUCUCAUAAUUCAACUAUUUUUAGUAUCAUUUUGUCCUGCACUUUCAUCUUAACUUUUCUGUUGCUUGUUCUCUUUCCCUUACCCAAUUAAAAUUGAAGGUAUGGAACAAGAAGGAUCAACUUGAAAGUUGCUAGAAUUUUUAACCAGUUGAAUUUAAGGGAUCCUACUUUUAUUCAGUAUUGUGGAUAAACGUUCGGUUAGAGAAAGAUUCGUUGGGGUUGAACUGAAUCUGAAUUAGAUAGCUGUGAACUUUUCACUUGCCGUAAUGUCUCCGCCACCUACUCUUCCAUUUAAUAUAUAACUUCCAAAUUGUUUUAGACUAUCAGUUUUUCGAGGCCAUUUUACAAAAAUUAAAAUCUUCAGCGGAAGAAAUGUGUUAUCUUUUUGAGAGGUAAAUUUAAAUGUAUUCUAAAAAUGGCUAUCGCUUCUUCUAUUGCUUGUAAUUGUUCAAAUAGCUCGAGAGGUUCGCGCAACUUAAAUAACAUUGGUAAAGAUGAAUUUGCCAUGACUAAGUGCUUUUAUGUUGCUGAAGUAUCAUUUGCAAAACAUCCUUUCCAGUGUUUUGGAUUUCUUUCUUCCUUUUUGGAUCGAAAAACAGGGAUUUUGUUGGGGAAAUACUAUUAGAGCGAAAUAAUUGGGAAAUGUUUGAAAUGAAUAGACUUGAAUAUUAGAGGCUUAAAUUUUAGUAGCUUUAGUAGUCAAUGAAACCUAAUAACCAAUUUACGGGAUAGAUGGUUAGUUUUUAUAUUUUUAUACAAAGCCAAGCCAAAUUCUUGGACAAACGAUAAUAAUAAGGAACAUUCCAAAUAUACAAUUGUAUCACUUUUUCGCACACACAUAUUUGAUAUGGGAAAUAUUUUUAUAUUGUAUCACUUAUAAUUAGGAGUUGUCAUUGUCUGAAGAAAAAAAACAUUUCGACUGUAUACUAGUCUGUCAGAAAGCAGCCUAUAAAAAAUAUCUGUGAAAACAAUGUGCAUUUUUCUACUAGAUUAUAACACGACAGCUUAAAAACUGAACAGCUACUUAAAGUAGUGUACUUAGAAACUUGUUGAAACAUUCCUAAUUUUUCUUAAUAUUUUUUUAAAAAUUUUAUGUUGCCUAUUUUCGCGUAGUUAGAGCCUUCUAUUUAUUUUUUAUUGAACUAUAAAUAUAAAAAGUUAUACAAUAUAUAUGUAUUCUGCCUGAAUUUUCGUAUGCCUACAUUAUAUUUGAGAAAAGGUCUAAGUUUUGCUAUUGUAAUCUCCUAUCAAUAUAUAUAUAAAUGCAAAAUGUGAGUUACAUUUGAUAAGAGGUAACUAGGCACGACAGAAGAAGUGGCAAUUUGUAGGUUCGUCAAAACUUGGCAAUUAUUUACUUAUUGGAGUCUAUGUAAUCGGGAUUUCUUAAAUACAAUUUUGGAUUUUA